UGUUUAGUUUUUUCAGCGCCAAUCACUACAAAAAUUAUUUGAUUUGAGCCAUCCACUAAUUGAUUUAUUUGCGAGGGAGAGGAAACCGAAGUACCCAGAGGAGACCCCCGAAGCAUGGGGAGAACAUGCAAACUCCGCACACACAGGGCAGAUGCGAGAAUGCUAAUCACUAAGUGUCUUUGGACUGGGGGAGGAAACCCCUGAAGCAUGGGGAGAACAUGAAAACUCUGUGCACACAAAAUACAGAAGGACGGAAUCGAACCCCCAACCCAUGUAAUAUCCAUCCAUAAAAUUUCUAUACCGCUUAUCCUUCAGGUCCAUGGGGAGCUUGGAGCCUAUUCCAGGAGGCAUCAGCUACAAGAUGGGGUACACCCUGGACAGGGUGCCAAUCCAUCGCAGGGCACAUUCACACACAUUCACACACCCAUUCAUACACUACAGACACUCUGGACAUGCCAAUUAGCCUACCCUGCAUGUCUUUGGACUGGGGGAGGAAACCGGAGUACUCCGCACACACAGGGCAGCGGCGGGAAUCAAACCCCAAACCCAUGUAAUAUAUUCAUUUCAAAUAUCAGACAAGUUCAACCACACUUUUGUGUUUGUAUUAAGGACCAAAUACCACAUAAAUGCUCCACCUAGCGGCGACAAAUAGCUACUGCAGGAACAUUUUAUGGUUGACCGAAAUACAUUAAAAAUAAGAAAGUAGUGAAUAAAAUGGCACACGCAGUCUCGUUAAUGUUUUUUAUUUAUUUAUUUAUUUAUUUUAAUAAAACUAUUGUUAAAAAUAAAAUUGUUAAGUAAUUGUUAAGUAUAAAACUAUUGUUUUCAAAAUGAAUUAAUUAUACACUUUUGGCAUAUAAAAUUAAUACAUAGCUUCAUAGUAAUGGAUAUGUGUGUGCGCGUGCGUGCGUGCGUGUGUGUGCGCCUGUGCGUGUGUUGUGACUGAGAAUUCCUGCGCUGGAUGAAUAGGACACUCGGAGCGUGUGUCUCGGUGCGGCUCUGCAGGGAUGAUGGCGGCGCCUGGAGCGCAGGACCAGAGCGCAUUAAAGUCUGAACUGCUGGCGGACAAGCAGCCGGAGCAGAGGAAGCUGAACGCGGACGCCGUGACGGAGCUCCUGCGCUUUCCGGAUCUGGAUGAAAAUAGCGGACACAGACUGGGUUUCAGAUCUUUGGAGGACUUCGUCGCCGACUUCGACGAGAAGUUAAACGCGUGCUUUGGAAAUUUCGACGCUAAACCCGAACUAAUAGACGGCGUGAAUCCUCUGACUGAGAGCACUGUGUUAAAAAACGACGAGAUCUGGAAUGCUCUGACCGAUAACUAUGGAAAUGUCAUGCCAGUGGACUGGAAUCAGUCUCGCACCCGCUCACUUCACCUCCCCGUGCUGAACAUUGAGGACAGGCCAAGGGUGGAUAAUGUGAAUCUGGAUGUGUCUGAUGAAGAAGAGAUAAGGGAACAGAUGGACAUGCACUCCAUCAUUGUAUCCUGCAUUAAUGAUGAGCCUUUCCUCACUGCAGAACAGGUGAUUGAGGAGAUAGAGGAGAUAAUGCAGGACUCUCCAGAAAUGCAAGCAGAGCAGAAUCCUAUUCAGUCAAACCUGAUACACAGAUCCACUAGUCACAGCUAUAAGGAGAGAGUGAGGAAUCUCAGUGUCACAGAGCUGAAUGAGUUAUUGGAGGAGGUGGAGACGGCGAUCCGCCACUAUUCUGAAGAGCUUGUGCGGCACCUGGCUCUUAGAGACGAGCUUGACUUUGAGAAGGAAGUGAUGAACAGUUUCAUCUCUGUGCUGAUAGAUGUACAGAACCUUCAGAAGGAGCACAAAGAACUCCUGAAGAAGAAGAGGAAAAUAAAGAGUGGAGUCAGACAGCAGAACGGCAGACUACAGAGAUUACCUGCAAGUCGCUUCAGCAUGGAGAGCAUCUCUACUGCUAUUCAAAAUGGCUUCCGCCAAACUUUCGGGAAUAUGGGAGGGGAGAAACAGUACCUCACUACAGUCAUUCCAUAUGAGAAGAAAGAUGUGCCUCCAUCAGUCGAAGAUCUUCAGGUUCUCACAAAAAUUCUUCAAGCCAUGAGGGAUGACAGUGACAAAGUGCCCAGUCUUUUGACAGACUACAUCCUUAAAGUGCUUUGCCCUUCCUAAUACGGAGGUAAAGAAUUUGUUGAUGAAAGACUGAAUUUCCACAACGUGAAAGAUUUCCAGAUGGAUGUUGUUACUGUGAAUUCAUUUCUACUUUACUUGACCCUGUUUAUACCUCUGUAUAAUGCAGUUUCCUCUCUGUCCCAUUGCUUGGUUGUCUGCAAGUAUCAAGUGAUUGUUUCCAUUUGCUACAUGUUCACUGUUUAUAAGGUAAUGCGUUAUUAUUUAACUAAGUUCCAUGUUACUCUCCAUGCUGUAUUAUGGCGUGUUCAGCUAAAAAGAAAACUCUAAGUGUAUUUUUUUUUCCAAUGAAAGUGCUCUUAUAACCACCCCUUGCAACAAAAAUAUGUUUAACCUUAGUCCUGAUUUAUGGACAGUGCAUGCAGAAUGAUUUCUUCAGCCUUAUGUGUGUGUGUGUGUGUGUGUGUGUGUGUGUGUGUGUGUGUUGUCGAAAGGGGUGUUUUAGUUCCAAUCCUAAGGGUUGAAUAGUUCUUAUGUAUCUUGCAAAUAUGUUAAACAGGUGUUGCUGUUCUCAAAUGCUAUUCAUUCAGAGAAAAAUAAUGAAAGUAAUACAUUAACAAAAGUUUGGUUCAAACUUUGUAGGCAGUUGUUAAUAUUUUUGCUGAGACCUAUUUGGAGCUUAUCGUCUUAAUGUCAACUUGAUACAAACAAAUGAUUGUGGAGUGACAUGGUGGCAUAGUGAGCAGCAUUGCCACAUGACGGCUCCAGGGUCCCCGGUUCAGGUUACUGUCUGUGCAGUGUUUCGAAUGUUUACUCUGUGCUCUCUAGUUUCCUCUUACCUCCCAAAAACAUGAUAGUAGGUUAAUUGGCUACUCUAAAUUGCCUCUAUGUCUGAAUAUGUUUGUGCAUGGUGCCCUGUGAUGGGCCAAUGUCCAUCCAGGGUGUAUUCAGACACUUAGUGUUCCCUGGAUUGGCUCCAUAGUGAUCAGGAUAAAAUGCCUACUGAAGAUGAAUGAAUGAAUGAAUAAUAAAUGGCAGAAUUAUUCCUCCUAUCAUUUUCACUAUGUUUGUAUCAAUGUUGGUUUGAUUACAGUUAGUGAUAUAACAAGCUUAUAUAAUAUAAUUGUUUUGACUACUUUUAUGUUUUUACUUAUUUCUGUGAUACUUAUUGCUGUGCAAGAUGUACCUACUAAUUUAUGCUUUCUGACACAAUAUUUUCCACCUAAAACAAAACAAAGCAAAAAUUCUAAAAUCAAAACAUAUUCUGCCUCUUUCGUUAAGCAGUAUUCUAUUUUACAGUUAUUUCUUCUUAACCAUCACAGUUUUGCUUUGAUUUGUGUUUUGAGUCUGUAAGAAACAUAAUAUAACUGUAUGAGGAACACUGGCCAUGGAAGGAAUUCUCUCCAGCACAACUGGCUUUGUGUAUGUGGUUAUUUUUUGACUCACUGUAUAUGGAGCUUUUUGUAUUUAGAGGUUUUACCUCCAAGUGUUUUCUAUGGCUUCUCUAUUUAUUUCACCAUGACCAAUGCUUGUUUUCAGUGUUUUCCAAAUGUUUGCAUUUACUCUCUCUUUUUGCUUAUUGCUGAUUUUUUUUUUAUCCAUGUCCUAUUUUCAGCAUUUCAGUUUUUCUUCGUUGAGCUCUAAAUGUGGGUUGUUUUGUAAACGACCCUUGUCUCAACAUCACUUUGGAAUGUAGCUACAAUCUAGACCACUUUGCUGAUUUAUGAUACUCCCAAGUAAUGUUAAGGUCUGGCAUUCCCUCCAAGUACGAUUAUAUUAAACAGAGGUUAAGCUCUCAUUUUUGCCACUCCCCAAAACAUCUACUGGUGGGUAUACUGUAUGGUACAUUUGUAAUAUGGCCCAGCAAACCAUUAUAUGCUUUAUAUACAAACCAUAUGCUUUGGGUUUGUACCCUCCAGUUAUAGCAGUUCUACUGAUAGUAAUGUAGAUAUUUACCUGUGAAACUGUAUAUCAUAAAUGUAUACAGUUCUGACCAUGCUACAUGUUUAGGUAAUUUCUAUAAAUGUUUGUGUUUACACUUCCUUACUUCCCAUGAAUAGACCAAAAAAAACUGAAAGAUAAACAAAGUACAAACAUCAUUAUUUAUUGAACAUACAGGUGCUUUUGGUUUCUGGUCAGAUGGCUUAAUUGAAAGCUUGGAUUCUGCUACUACAGACAGGCAAACGUCCCCCAUAUUUGGAGGACACUGAACAAAGAUUAAUAAAAACAAAUUGCAGGGAGAACCAUUACCUUUUAAUCCAGGAAUACCACAGCCUGUCCUCUUGUCUGGUCGGUUUAUACCAGUCCAUCAUGCAGUCAUAGCUUUAUCAAUAGGCAAUGUCCAUGACACCAGCAAGCACGCUCGCUUUUAAUUUACUCAGCCGAAAAAAAAAGAUAGACGUUUAUACAAUAGCAACUCUACAUAAUGUCAAACAAAUCUACAUUCAAACCACAAAGCGAUGCUGUACCAGGACAGUGUCUGAGUCAACAUAUCAUCAGCCUGCUGUUUCAUAAAGGUCCCAAUCCACUACAGCCAGUUCAAUAUCAUUCCAACUCAAUGCCAGACUCCUCUGCAUGAGAAAGAAGUCAUAUGAGCAAUAGAUGCCCUUUUGAAUGCAUUGAGCCAGAAGGGAGAAGGGUUUAGCUUCACUGUUCAUGUCACUUGUCUGAUCAGUGCCUCGUUUCUCUUGUGCAUAUACAGUAUACAUUUAAAUUAUACAGGUAGCAGCAGCACCCCUGAAAGUGGGGGGUUAAGGGGCAGAGGGGUGGGAGAACCAGCGGAGGGUUAUUUGAGAGAAUCACCGUACAGAUCCUCACUAUUCCACUAUAGUGUCUCUGCUCUGGGUCCUUCUGCGACGCUGUUCUGUUUUGUUCCUGCUGUUGUCCUCCCGGGUACCCAGCUCUCUCUCCCGCUCUCGCUCUCUCUUGCGCUCUCGACGGCCCUCACUGUUUGUCUUCUCCUUUCGAUUGUUGCGAUUCUUCUGCUCUCCUUUAUGUGGGCCUUUGUCUCUCUUCCCUAAUAAAACAAGCAUUAAUA